AAGAACCACUACAAAUCACAUACAGUGCCCCGCCCAUACGUCUGCAGCGUAUGCUCGAGAUCGUUUGCACGAAAACACGACGCCGAGCGCCACUUCCGCAUGCAUAACAAUGAUAGUAGACCGUACAGUUGUCCUAACUGCGAUGCUUCAUUUCCACGCUCAGAUGCUUUGAGAAGGUAU